AUGAUGGAAGAAAUUGAAUUAAAUAAUGAUGAAUUAAAAAAUCCUACAGUAUGUAAAUUAGAUGGAGAUCCUAAGAUAGGUUGGUUACGUAAUAAAAAUGGUUUACUUUUAAAAACAUAUGGAUGGCUAGUUAAAAAUGCUAUAGGAAUUAUAUUGUUAAUACAUGGAUACAAAGGUCAUGCUCGAUUAAAUUAUAUGAAAAUUAAUUUAAAAAUGCCAAAUGGAAGUGAAGAUUUAGUAGUAGACAAUGAUAAUUACUAUAUUUACAAAGAUAGUUGGAUUGAAAAAUUUAAUCAAAGUGGUUAUUCAGUAUAUGGAAUAGAUUUGCAAGGACAUGGUGAAUCACAAGCACAGAGAAAUGUAAGAGGCGAUUUUAGUUCUUUAGAUGAUCUAGCUGAUGAUGUAUUACAAUAUAUGAAUCAAAUUCAAGAUGAAAUUUCAAAUGAUAAUCAAACAUAUGACAAAUCUCAUGAUAUUGUAACAACUAAUAAAAAAAGACUGCCUAUAUAUAUUAUUGGGUAUUCUAUGGGAGGAAAUAUUGCUUUAAGAAUACUACAAUUAUUAAAUAAAGAAAAAGGAAAUAACAUUAAUACUGAAGAGCCAAAUAACUAUAAAAAAUGUAACAUCAUGUUAGACAAUUCUACUGAUAUUAAUGAAAUUGACAAUGAUAUAUAUGGCAUGCAUAAUUAUAAUGAUUAUGGUUCCUAUAAUUCCUAUGCUAUUGCUAGUGAUAAAGAUGAAAGAUGCUAUAAUGAUUUAGAUAAAUUAAAUAUUAAAGGUUGCGUGUCGUUAUCUGGUAUGGUGAGAUUAAAAACAUUAUUGAAUUCUGGAAAUAAAUCAUUUAAGUAUUUUUAUUUACCUCUAGCAAACUUACUGUCUUUUAUCUUACCUAAUAAACGAAUUUUUUCAAAAUCAGCUUAUAACAAAUCAGAUUAUGUUUCUAAUGUAUAUAAGCAUGAUAAAUUUAUAAACACUAAUGGAAUAAGAUUUAAAUGUAUGUCUGAACUUAUAAAAGCAACACUCAAAUUGGAUUGUAAUAUUGAUUAUUUACCAAAAGAUAUUCCUUUAUUAUUUAUACAUUCAACAGACGAUACUGUUUGUUCUUGUAAAGGAUCGGUUUUGUUUUAUGAUAAAGUAAAUGUUAAUAAAAAAGAGCUACAUAUUGUUAAUGGUAUGAAUCAUGCUAUAACGAUUAGACCAGGAAAUGAAGAUAUUUUAGAAAAAAUUAUUGAUUGGAUUUAUGAUUUAAGAAUGAAUGAUGAAGACGAAUUAGAAAAUGGAUAA